GAGCUCCACCUUUCAACUGACUCACCUGAGGUGAACCUGGAAACUGUUUGUUUUUCGUCCUCGCAACAGAGAGACAGACGGAAAAACGGAGGAUCAGAUUCACCUUCAUCCCAACUAACAACUCUGAGUGAGUUCAGCUACAGGAGAGAAAAUUGGAAAACUACAACACUGCUGCUUCAACCUGCUGACACUCCUCACACUGAAGCUUCACUCAGAGACAAAAUGGCUUCCAGAUCAGAGGAGGAUCUCUGCUGUCCGGUCUGUCAUGAUGUCUUUAGAGAUCCUGUUAUUCUGUCAUGUAGCCACAGCUUCUGUAAAGACUGUCUGCAGAGCUGGUGGACGGAGAAACCAACACAGGAGUGUCCAGUUUGUAGGAAAGGAUCCUCAAAGAAAAAUCCACCUUGUAACCUGGUGUUAAAGAACCUGUGUGAGGCCUUCUUACUGGAGAGAGAUCAGAGAGCUUCAGAGGCUCUCUGCAGUCUGCACUCUGAGAAACUCAAACUCUUCUGUCUGGACCAUCAGCAGCCAGUGUGUCUCAUCUGUCUGCAUUCAGAAAAACACUCCAACCACAGAAUCAGACCCAUCGAUGAAGCUGCACGACAACACAGGAAGGAGCUUCAGGAAACUCUGGAGCCCUUAAAGGAGAAGUUAAAGGAUUUUGAACAUGUUAAAGUGAAGUGUGAUCAAACAGCAAAACACAUAAAGCUCCAGACCCGGCGCACAGGGACAAGGAUUAAGGAUCAGUUUAAGAAGCUUCACCAGUUUCUAGAAGAGGAAGAGGAGUCCAGGAUGGCUGCACUGUGGGAGGAAGAGGAACAGAAGAGUCAGAGGAUGAAGGAGAAGAUGGAGGCUCUGAGCAGAGAGAUAGCAGCUCUUUCAGACACAGUCAGAGCCACAGAGGAGCAGCUGAGAGCUGAAGACGUCUCAUUCCUGAUCAACUACAAGGCUGCAGUGGAAAGAGUCCAGCAGCGCCCCCUGCUGGAUGAUCCACAGCUGCUCUCAGGAGCUCUGAUAGACGAGGCCAAACACCUGGGCAACCUGAGCUUCAACAUCUGGAACAAGAUGAAGGACAUGGUCUCCUACACUCCUGUGAUUCUGGACCCAAACACUGCUAAACCCAACCUCAUCCUGUCUGAAGAUCUGACCAGUGUGCAAUGGGGAGCGAGACAGCCGCUUCCAGAUAAUCCAGAUAGGUUUGAUAAACACCGCUCUGUCCUGGGCUCUGAGGGCUUUAACUCAGGGACUCACAGCUGGGAUGUUGAGGUUGGAGACAGUGCAGCCUGGUCACUGGGUGUGUUAGCAGAGUCUGUGCAGAGGAAGGGAGUCAUACAGUCUGGAUUAUGGAUAAUGUUGUUGCGUAAAGGUAAAUACUCAGCACGGUCAGCGUCAGAUCCAGAAACUGGUCUCAUAGUGCAGAAGAAUGUCCAGAGGAUCAGAGUGACUCUGGACUGGAAUAAAGGAAAGCUGUCAUUCUAUGAUGCUGAUGCUGAUACUUACACACACAUACACACCUUCACACACAAUUUUACUGAGAGGAUGUUUGCAUACAUUUACACUAGGGGUGAAGUGAAGAUAUCACCAGUGAAGGUGUGUGUGACAGUGGAGCAGAGCAGUUAGAAAUGA